AUGAGUUUUACAGGGAAAUCAGUGAUAGUCACAGGGGCGAGCUCCGGUAUAGGAGCUGCUACAGCCAUAUUGUUUGCUGAACAAGGGGCCAGUGUAGUCAUAAUCGGGCGAAAUGAAACCAAACUAAAUGCUGUAGCCGGAAAACUUCCAAAGAAUGCCAAGUCAUUGAUUCUGAAAGCUGAUGUCACUACAGACGCUAAGAAAAUCAUCGAUGAAACUGUGAAUACGUUUGGCAAAAUUGAUGUACUGGUCAACAAUGCAGGGUUUGGCAAACUUGGUAGUCUUACUGAUGGGAAAUUCUUGGAAGCUUAUGACGCUGUAAUGAAAACCAACAUGAGAGCUGUAGCUGAACUUACUAUGUUGGCUCUUCCACAUCUAAUGAAGACUAAAGGGAAUAUCAUUAAUAUUUCAAGCGUUGCAUCUAUGAGGACGUCUGUGACGAGAAAUGGAAGUAGCCUAAGUUAUAAUGUUUCCAAGGCUGCUUUGGAUCAUUUUACUAGAGGAGCGGCGUUGGAAUUUGCUCCUAAAGGUAUCCGAGUCAACAGUGUCAAUCCUGGACCAGUAGCAACAGACAUCUUAGAAAACAUGGGUAUCGACAUGAGCUUCGAUGAUUUUAAGACGAUGACUCCUCUGAAGAGAGUUAGUGCUCCCGAGGAGAUUGGUGAAUUGAUUAUGUACCUUGCUAGUGAUAAAGCUCGAGGAAUCACUGGUUCAAUUAUAGUUACAGACAAUGGGUUUCUUUUGCAAAACUAAAGUAGAUAACGCUGGGGAUAGUCCAAAGUCCAAAGGUGUAAAAUGUACGCCUGAUUAGGUAUAUAUUCGUAAUAUUACUUUUCAAUUAAAAGAAUUGCAAAGUUGUCUAGAUUACAAUCAACUCGAACACUUUGGUGUCAAAACCAAAUAAUAAUAAGACUUGUUUCAAGUAACUCAAUUUCGAAGUAAACUUCUUAGUC